UCAUCGUAGCGGAGUGUAGAAGUGAAAAAUUUGAGUGCUGCAUAAAAUUGGUGAAAUUAUUUGUAAAAAAGGCCAUAUUUUGGCUGAAAAUAGUGAAAAGAUGAUGAAGAACCGACAGGGGCCUGGAUUCGAUGGCCCUUACAUAGCGAGAGUUCGAUUGCGUUGAGAAAAUUGGCAGAGGAAAAUUUUGGGGAGUGUGAAGGAGCCUCCGCAGGGCUGAAAAUUUCUUACCCCGUGUGAAUCGUAGUGUAAAAUUUGUAUCACCAGGCCACCUGCUUCAGAUGUGGAUCAGAAUGCGAAGAAAAAAGUGCUAGCAGUGUUCAAGUCGUCCUCCUGGAACAAAGUUUUGGUGUUAAGCCAACAUUUUCAAUUAGUUUCUGUUCCGUCUGCAAUUGUGCAAAAAUAAGGCUGGCAUAUUGGCCGAGCUCAAGUGAAAAACGACCGUGGGCUGGAAAAGGCUCUUCCCGUGGCGGAGGCCAAGGUGAAAGAGAAAGAAAAAUUGAUUGAACCCACACUUUCCGCGGUCGUCAUAUGUGAAAAUUGUGAAAAUUUUCGAAGAAAAGAAUCGCUUGAAUUGGGUUUUAAGUGUAAAAAGUGCAUACCACGGAAAAAUCAAUGAAUGUGGAAACAAGUGCAAAUACUGUAUGCUAAGUAUGCUGAACGGAACGGCGGGAAAAUGCAUCUCUAGGGUAAGAGCCAUCAUGACAGCCUAGAAACAGCCGUCUUGUGGUCGGAAGAGUAGUGCACAUUUAACGAUAAGCUGCCCUCGUCCUCAAUCCCUGUGCUCUACUCCAUUCCGAAGUAUUCCCUGUAUACCUACGUACCACCGAUGCUCUAGCUGUGAAAUCCAUUUGCCAACGGGAUUUGGAUAUCAGAAGAAAGUAAUUCCUACAAAUUGCUGUCCCUUUUAUGUAAAUGUUCGGUAAAAAAACUGACCAGUUCUAUUAGAUCAAUCAUAUAUGCUGAAAACCGAAAUAUAAUCAAUAAUCAAUCGACUGUAAUCAAACAGACAAAAGACACUUGAAAGCAAAAUCUCUCUAAAACGAAUAGAAUACUCUACGUGCGUGAUUCAAUAUUCGGUAAACUUGUCGAUGCCACAACAGCCAUUAAACCCGAGAAAACACGCCAAAUAACAUUAAACAGCGAGCUUCUUUAUUAAGUAGUGCUAAAUAAUUCGACCGCGGAUUAUUCGCGGCAUAUUAUGUCUCGUGAAGCCUACAGCUCAGGUCAAACAGUAAAUACAGGCACUAGAAGUCCCGGUCGACCAAGCAGACGUUUAACAGAGCUACCAACCGUCGAUAAGUCGCCUUCAAGAGACUACGGAGCCCGAGGAAGUCCUUUAGCCAUGGGAAGUCCAUACUACAGGGAUAUGGAUGAGCCCAUAAGUCCGGCUGGAGGAGGACAUCACCGAAGUAGAAGUGCAACACGUGCACCAACUCAUUCGAUGGAAUAUCCACGAGAACAACUGCGAACUCGUUAUCAAUCACUUGACAGAGGAUUAGUCGACCCACAUGACAGGGAAUUCAUUCCGAUCCGAGAGCCACGGGAUCGUUCUCGUGAUCGCUCCUUGGAACGAGGUCUCUACUUGGAGGAGGAACUCUAUGGCCGCCCACCAAGACAAAGUCCGGGUCACAUGAGCAUGCCGGACCGGGGGUACCUCGGUGAUUUGCAGGUGCAGAACAAUGACUUACAGCGUGAACUUGGCAAUCUGAAGAAGGAACUUGAUCUGACAAAUCAAAAAUUAGGUAGCUCCAUGCACAGCAUCAAGACAUUCUGGUCGCCAGAAUUGAAGAAAGAACGCGCCCUACGUAAAGAGGAGAGCGCCAAAUACAGUCUCAUCAACGAUCAACUGAAAUUGCUGAAUAGCGAAAAUCAGAAACAAGCAAUGCUAGUGCGUCAGCUCGAAGAGGAAUUACGCCUAAGAAUGCGGGCACCAAACAUCGAGAUGCAGCAACAAAUGGAAGCUUUGUAUGCGGAAAACGAGCAUCUUCAACGGGAAAUUUCAAUCCUUCGUGAUACCAUCAAGGAACUUGAGCUGAGGAUAGAAACGCAAAAACAAACUCUGCAGGCCCGUGAUGAGAGCAUCAAAAAGUUACUGGAGAUGCUGCAAAGCAAAGGAAUGGGUAAAGAGGAGGAGCGUCAAAUGUUCCAACAAAUGCAAGCCUUGGCCCAAAAGCAGCUCGAUGAAUUCCGGUUGGAAAUUCAACGUCGCGAUCAGGAAAUCAUGGCCAUGGCGGCCAAGAUGAAAACCCUCGAGGAGCAACAUCAGGACUAUCAACGUCACAUUGCAGUACUGAAAGAGUCACUUUGCGCCAAGGAAGAACACUACAAUAUGCUGCAGGCGGAUGUGGAGGAGCUGCGAAACCGACUCGAGGAGAAGAAUCGUAUGAUUGAGAAGAAAACGCAAAAUGCUAUGCAAUCAGUGCAGGAAAAGAAUCGCGCCCAAACUGAGCUAACUGAACUAAAAGAACACAUGGAUAUAAAGGAUCGAAAGAUCAAUGUUCUACAAAGAAAGAUUGAAAACCUCGAGGAUUUGCUGAAAGAGAAAGAUAAUCAGGUGGAUAUGGCCAGAGCACGGCUAAGCGCGAUGCAAGCUCAUCAUUGCAGUUCAGAAGGAGCACUUUCCAGCUUGGAGGAAGCUAUUGGUGAUAAGGAGAAACAAAUGCAACAACUUCGUGAUCAAAGGGAUCGUGCCGAAGCAGAGAAGAAGGAAGAACGUGAACUGCACGAGCGAGAACUUGCAGAAUACAAAAUGAAAUUACAUGCAUUGGAUAGCGAGGUUGAAAAACUCACCACGCGAUUACAUCGUGCAUUGAAUGAAAAGGAUCGUCUUGAGUCCAAAUUGGAAUGUUCUCAGAGUGAGCUCGGCAAAUCAAAGGCGGAACUGGAUAAGGCAGCUACCGAUGUUGGCCGAAGUGGAGCUGACUGGGAAAAUGCUAAACAGCGAAUUUCACGACUUGAGCUUGAAAACGAACGAUUGCGAGCGGAUUUGGAACGAUCGCAGACUACGUUCGGUAGAUCAACUUUAACUACUUCACAAGAGCUAGAUCGUGCUCAAGAGCGCGCUGAUAAAACAUCGGCUGAAUUGCGCAGGACCCAAGCUGAAUUGAGGGUCACACAAUCUGAUGCCGAACGAGCAAGAGCUGAAGCUGCCGCCUUACAAGAGAAAUUAGAAAAGAGCCAAGGCGAGGUUUAUAGACUCAAAGCUAAGCUUGAAAACGCACAAGGGGAACAGGAAAGCAUAAAACAGGAAAUGGAAAGAAGUCAAACCGGAAUACAACGAAUUGUUAGUGAAAGGGAUAAGGCGUAUGCUGAACUCGAUAAAAUACGCGAAGAGUUGGAAAGAUCGCAAGCAACGCUGGGCAAAUCACAGCUUCAACAGGAGAAAAUUCAAAACGCUCUUGAUAAGGCCCAGAAUGAAGUCGACCACCUUCAGGAGAAACUCGAUAAGAGUAUUGCAGAAAUUAGAAGGCUCCAACUUGAGAAAGAGAAGAUCAACUACGAGUUUGAAAACAUUCAAUCUCAGCUUGAUAAGCAGCUUGGUCAAUCGUCCAGGGUGCAGAAGGAACGAGAAGCUAUUCAGAUGGACUUGGAGCGAUACCGAGACAAGUCGGAAAAACUUCAAGCAUCCAUGGGUCGCUUACAAAAAGAACGCGACGUACUAGGCGACGAACUCGAGAAAAUCAAAGAGAAGGCUGAAUCUGCACAAAGUUCUGCACUCAAAUAUCAACGAGAACGAGAUGCCAUCCAGACAGAACUGGAAGUCGUUAAAGAGCGAUGGGAGAAAGCACAUCAAAUCCACCAGAAGCUUCAAAUGGAGCGGGAUGAUGCCGUUACGGAGAUCGAUAUCCUUAAAGAAAAACUCGACAAAGCUCUGUACGCCAGUCAGAAACUUAUAGACGAAAAGGAUAAUUCGAACAAAGAAUUUGAAAAAAUGUUGGAGAAAUAUGAUCGAGCUCAGAACGAAAUCUAUCGACUGCAAUCACGUUGCGAUACGGCUGAAGCUGACCGUAAUCGUCUGGAAGUCGAAGCAGAAAGAUCAGCUUUGGCUGCCGCAAAGGCUAAAGAAGAUCUAAGAAAACUUCAAGAAGAAACUACUCGAUUACAAGAAGCUUGCGAUCGGGCUGCAAUGCAGCUCGGACGCUCCAAAGAACUGGAAGACAAGGCAAAGGAAGAUGUUGACCUCAUUCGUGAGCGUCUGGACAAGACGCAAGCCGACCUCAGACGAGCUCAAGCUGAGAAAGAAAACCUUCAAGCCGAAAUUGAACGACUUACGUACGAAAUUGAUCGAGCUCAUAACACCUAUACCAAACAAACUGCAUCACUUGAUGCAGCACAGGAAGAGGCAGCGAGGUAUAGUUUAGAAAUUGAGAAAAUGAGGGAGCGAUACGAGAAAACAGCAGCUGAGUUGCGACGUCUGCAAGAAAAUGAAUCGUUUACUAGGGAGUCGCGACGUUUGAAGGAAGAAAACGAUCGUCUCAGAGAGAAAUAUGAAAAGACAAUGAUGGAACUAGAGAACUUCAGAAGCAAAUCUCAAUACGAAGAGGAAUCGUUAGAAAAGUACAAAGCGAAAUUCGAAGCACGUGAAAACGAAUUUCAGACAAUGGAACUUAAACUCCACGAAGCAACCCUUCAGUUGGAACUGGCUCGCCAAGAAGUAAGAAAACUCAUUUCUAACCAAGACAAACAGCGUACGGAUGCUGAACGAGCACAUAUCGAAUAUGAGAAAAUUCGUGACAAGCAUGAAAAACUUAUCAAAGAAAUGGAAAGGUUGCGUCAAAACCCUGGAUCUGCUGUUAGUCCUGGAGCACUUGCUGCUGCUUCCGUGGGGAUGGGAGAUAAAAAUGAAAUCGAAAGACUUCGCGAUCGUUUGGAAAAAGCUCUACAAAGUCGAGAUUCAACUGAAAUGGAAGCAGGCCGAUUGGCCAAAGAGCUUGAAAAGGCACAGUUGCAUUUGGCGAAGCAGCAAGAAGCAUACGAAGCAACAAGAAUCGAGUUUGAACGAAUGUCUGCUGAGCUCACACGUGUCCUCGAACGAUUGGAAAAAUCUGAAGCUGAAAAGGAAACUCUACGACAAUCUACCAAGAUAUACGAGAAGCAUCAUCAACAGCACGCAAGUAAUCAUAUCGAGCAUAACGUAAUGAAAAUGGAAGCAGACAAUAAGCAACUGAUGGCUGAACGGGAUCAGCUGGUGAUGCAACUCGAAAAGAGUCAAGACAUGCUAAUGAGCUUCCAACAAGAACUCAAUGCUGCUGAACUAGAGCUUCAGAGGCAAUGUGAGGAAAAUAGACGAUUGAAAAACUCUCCUCAAGGUGCACAUGCUCAGGCACAACCAAAUUCACAAGAAAUUCAAAACUAUAAAAAAGAGAUUGCGCGGUUGAAGCAGAUGCUCCAGGAAACUGGAGCGAGAGGAGAUAGCGAACUCGAACAAUGGCGUAAGGUUGUCGAACAGGAGAAGAAUCGCGCCGAUCAAGCAGAGAAGGCAGCCAUUGAGCUGCAAAAGAGAAUGCAGGUAAUGGAACAGCAGUUGAAGCAACAAUUACUGCAGAUGACGAAUAUGCAGAAACAAAUGACACAACAGCAACAACAGCAGCAGCAACAACAACAACAAGCACCACCACAACCCCAACAACCACAAAUUAAUCCGAAAGAAAUGGAAAAAAUCCAGGAAGAGCUCAAAGCAGCUGUUGCCCAACGGGAUCAGUUCCAAAAUCAACUCGAACUGUUGGUUCAAGAACUUGAAAAGAGUCAGAUGGAAGCUCAAGAAGCCGCAAAGAAAGCACAACAACAACAGCAGCAGCUUCAACAAAUGCAACAACAGAUUCAACAGCUGCAGCAACAGUUACAACAAGCAACGCAAACAGCGAAUCAGAAGGCAGCUCAAAGUGCGAGCAUCUCGGAGCAAGAUCGGAAACAGCUGGAAGCACAAAUGAAACAGAUCGAAGACGCCACUCGACUGCUGGAAAGCGAACGCAAGACUUUCGAAGAUCAGCGUAAGGUUAUCGAGAACAAACGGAAAGAGCUUGAAGAGAAGGAAAAGAACCUCGUGGAGUUCGACAAACAGCUGAAGAAGCGAAAAGAACAAAUGGAUCAAUUGGAAAAAUCGCUACAGAAGGCUGGAGGUACAGCAGCAGCAGCCGGAGAAUUGAACAAACAGUUAACAGAAACUCAACAACAAUUGGACAAGAUUACCAAAGAAUUGAACGACUCAAAAGAAGAGGCUCAGCGAUCAGCAGCCGAAACGGAACGUUUACUGCAACUGGUACAGAUGACACAGGAAGAGCAGAACCAAAAAGAAAAGACCAUUAUGGAUCUGCAACAAGCUUUAAAAAACGCUCAAGCAAAGUUGAAGACAGCACAAUCACAGCCGCAAGAUGCUGGACCAGCCGGUUUCCUGAAGAGCUUCUUCUAAGCAAUACGCCGCCGGUAUUCCAACAAUUUCUUCAAACUGCAGAGCACCAGAGAUGGCGUUGUGUAGUUAUCCAUGUAGCCACUUGUUUAAGAUUCCUUGAGUACAGUCCCCAAGUUAUUGUGAUUAUCUUGAAUUCCUUGCAUACUUAAUUACCUAUGAACACGUGUUGUUCCUGUUGAUUCGAAUCAGAGCAACGGUUAUUUUCUCACCGUAUGAAUCGUAUAGGGAACCGAUCAACAUCUUGUUCAUAAGCAAUAUAUCAUAUGUAAAAAUUGUUAGGACGUGUCGAUCUAGCGAAAUAAUUGUUGAAAGAUACAAACUAAUACAAACCAUGCUGCCAUAUUGAUAAAACUAAGUAAAAGGGUAAGAUAAACUACGGAAAAAGUGAUAUUUACCUAGUCAUUAUCGCUACACUCGAAGUACUUUAACCAGCGCAUGAGAAUUCGAGAUAGUCAUUGAAUUAUAUACUGUUAAAUAGAUAUUUAUUGUAAAAAGUAUACACGCGGGUAACGUGCAUAUUUUUUCUAUUUUCGCUUAAAUAUAAAAAGGCCCAUUAGAUAUGGGCAGUUUGUUCACGAUUUCAAUCAUGAUCCACUUAGAUUCGACGAUACGUACUUCAAUUUUAUUUUCGUUGAGACAUUUCAUUAUUUGAUUCACCAAUUGAGGUUAUCGGUACACUAUUUUGGAUAGAAUCCACUACGUCUCCUAACUAACAAUCUAAUUUACUAGGCAUUGUAAGAGUCUGGGUUUGAUGGACUACUCGCCUAUCUUGAAGGAGCACCACUGCUGGUUGAACAUGAGUUCUUAUCGGGAAAUUUGUCACAGAUUCGAAAUUGAAACAGAGCGCUAGGAUAAAGAGAGUAGACAAUAAUCUAGUAAUGCACCGUGAAAUAAAAAAAAAUACUCGUCAUUAGGUGGCAUAUAGGAAGCGUCCCACCGGUUGCCCUCUUCUCCAAAUGAUACACGAUAACGUAUGGCAACUAUUGGUGCUUUCUAGUAUUACCAAAUAAUGAACAAACAGUAUUGUAUUUUGCUCGAUAUAAUCAUGACCAUAUACUUUAAACUUGAUGUUAUACUUGAUGUAUUGUUUCUCUCUUUUCCUCUCUUUCUCUCUUCCUCAUGCUAAAUUUGAACAUGUUUAUUUUAUUUCUAUAUGGUAAAGUUCUAGAUAACUAAGGGUCACUAUUUAUUUGCUGUUCUCGAUCUACUAGUGGGGUGAAAGGGUAGAGUAAAGUGGGUCAGUUGGGCCAACUUGAGUAGAAGUUGAUGAAGGGUAUUGAACUUACCAUGGAAACAGCAGAUUUUUGCGUUAU